GCAGAAGAUGGAACUACACGGCUUAUAUAAAGCUGCUCCUCACGGAACCGCUGACACUAGUGUCCAACAUGGCAACCAGGUGGGGAAUAUGCAGUCCAGGGAAAAUCAGCCACGACUUCACUGUGGCCUUAAAAUCCCUCCCGGACUCAGAUCACAAGAUUGUGGCUGUGGGCGCCCGGAACUUAGAAGAUGCUCAGAAGUUCGCCGAGAAGCACAGCAUCCCUGCAGCCUACGGCAGCUACGAGGAGCUCAGUAGGGAUCCCUCCGUAGACGUUGUGUACCUCGGAUCCAUCCACCCGCGUCACCUGAGCCUGAGUCUGCUCUUCAUGACGGCCAAGAAGAACGUGCUGUGUGAGAAGCCUCUGGCCAUGAACUCCAGGGAGGUGGAGGAGAUGGUGGCCUGCGCCCGAGCCAACAAUGUCUUCCUCAUGGAGGCCGUGUGGACCCGGUUCUUCCCGGCGUCUCUGGAGAUCAAGCGGCUGCUGGCCCAAGGGGCCCUUGGGGAGCUGAAGAUGGUGAGGGCGGAGUUCGGGGCCCCCCUGCUGGGGGUCCCCCGGGCGAUGGAGAAGGAGCUUGGGGGAGGGGCCCUGCUGGACAUCGGCAUCUACUGCCUGCAGUUCGCCUGCAUGGUGUUCCAGGGGGAGCGGCCCGAGAGCGUCCAGGCCAGCGGAGGCUGCCUGGAGACAGGAGUCGAUGAGUGCAUGGUGGUGACCAUGAAGUACUCUGGGAACAGGAUGGCGGUGUGCCUGAUCUCCAACGCUGUGGCGCUCCCCAACGAGGCUGUGAUCACGGGUACCAAGGGCUCCGUCAGGGUUCCUGCCCACAUGUGGUGCCCCACGUCCCUGAUUGUGAAUGGAGAAGAGACCCAGUACCCGCUACCUGAACCCUACCUGCCCACUAACUUCCUGAACAGCACGGGGAUGCGCUACGAGGCGGAGGAGGUGCGACAGUGUCUGCUCAAAGGUCUGAAGGAGAGUCCGGGCAUGACCCACGCAGAUUCAGUGCUCCUGGCCUGGCUGGAGGACGAGGCACGCAGGCAGGUGGGGGUGGAGUACAGCCAGGACCACCACUGAACCACUAGGAACCACCAGGACCCAGUCUACAGCCAGGACCUCCACUGAACCACCAGGACCCAGUCUACAGCCAGGACCUCCACUGAACCACCAGGACCCAGUCUACAGCCAGGAACACCACUGAACCACCAGGACCUCCACUGAACCACCAGGACCCCGUCUACAGCCAGGAACACCACUAGGACCCCGUCUACAGCCAGGAACACUACUGAACCACCAGGACCCCGUCUACAGCCAGGAACACCACUAGGACCCAGUCUACAGCCAGGAACACUACUGAACCACCAGGACCCAGUGUCCACUGAGUCACUCAACCAGUCGUACAGCCAGGACCAGAGUCACUCAGGCCCAGUCAUCAGCUUCUACUAAAUAUCCUGAUUAACACAAUGAUCAUUCAAAUUCCUACAUUUGUAUCCACCACUGCAGAGGAUUUAUUUUCCAUCAUGAUAGAUUUAUCUUUGAUAAAAAUGAAAAUAAAAAACACCACGCGAUGAUUACGAUCGUUUAUAAUCUUUUAUUGAAGCAGAUCCAGUCACGUAGGACAGCUCAGUACACCAGACUCAAACAGCCACUGUUAACACAUUUUGAAGUAAGGUCACGACACAAAAGGAAUGAGUGACUGCCGACAGCAGGGGAGAGGAGUGAUGAGUUUACCCACAAUGCAGUGGGGUUUCAGGAGGGAUGGGCUUCUGCCCUCCCCAUUUGCUUGCAAAAAAAACAA